CGCUCCUGUCCAAUGUUUAACUUCUGUGUCCUAUUCAUGACAGCGUUCAUGACUUAACGUCUUUCCUCACCUUCUCUAACACUACUCAAGACCCUUUCAUUCAACACUACCAGUUGUAUGUACCCAAGGAAUUGGUAUACGACCCAGCUCAGUUGGUGAAACUUCCGACCUUGGCCUAAAAUCAAAAGGUUUGAGACGCAAGUUCUUAUUACAGCAGACCCCGUCAUACUUUUCAAUUUUUCUUGCACUCUGAAGAAAAAAUAUUACAAAGAACCUUUUAUUCUUGACAUACCUAAAAUUUUCUCUUUCCGUUCAAGUCAUCGUGUUUUUUCAAUUUAUUAUAGUUACAUUUUCAUGGUCGGAUGGCUUGUGCGAAAUUUUUCCAUUAACAGUUUAAGAAAACAAACGAAUUUCCUUACCUUUUAAAGGGUUUUCUACCUAAAAAAUUACCAUAAACUAAGAUUUAUGACCCUAUCCUAUUCGAAAGAAAUUUUCUACUUCAAAAAAAAGCAACUCAACAUUUUAUUAUGAACGACGGACCUUUAUGAGAAAAGAUGAAUCAUAAUAAUAACUGAGGUAUUGUGGUAGAACAAGACUAAACAGCUUUCCACGAUUACUGAUCUAGUUGCUCGUUAUGAAUUGGAUUGACAAAGAGUAUAAGAUAGAUGUUAUCGCUAUGUGCAGGAGAUAUUCUGUAAAUGUGGCUACAGACUUUCCCUUCUCCCAUUUCAUAAAUUUCUAAUUUCUCUCAUCGAGGUCUCUUCGAUAGACAAGGAAAUUGUUUUAUUCUUGAUGACUUUGAAUUGGAAACAAAGCCAAAUUUUAAAUUACACCUUCAAUGUUUAAUCGUUUCAGCACUUAUCCUUUUUUGAUGGACAGUUUGAAAACUCGUUAAAAACCGAUUGCCGAAACAAAAGGAUAAAACAGGGGUGAGUUACGUUUCGCUUCAUAAACAUUAAAUUCCUGUUAAUAAGAUUAAGGGUGGUCAUGGUUGCAAGGAUCGUGAUAACUUAGGUAAAGUCUUUUACUAGUAGUAUAAGUUGAUUUUCAUCCAUCGAUCCUCCGGCUCGCUUGAAAUAACGAACUUAAAUUUAUCAUGUUAAUUUACGAUUUGAAUAAAUGAGACAAGUUUUGAUAUGAUAGCAGUGAAUAUAAAUAUUAGUUUUCUCUAUUGACAAAGACGUUCUGCAAUUUGUCUGAUGAAAGUUCAGUUUUAUACAUUUUACCUCCAAAGCUGUUUUGACAUUCAGUAUUGCGAAAAUGUCACCACAAAGCUAUUCGUGUGUCGUUUAGUGUAUUCUUUCGAUACAUCGUACACUGCACGAGUCUUAGAACAAGUCAGUCAGACCAUUGACCUCUUAAACUACUAAAAUUUGUCAAACCAUAUGGCUAUCGAGAAUUAAUUGAGGUCAUUUCAAUUAAUUAUUAUCAUUAAUUUUGGUCAUUCUGCUUAACAAAUUUUACCCUUAUUGCCUGCUUAAUAGGUCGUUAAGUUCACUUAUCGUUGGACAGGGAUACGCUACAGACCGUUGGAUUAGUAAUUGUUCCUAGCUAACAGUCGAAGGUAAGAAAAUUGGUCUGUUGAAGUUAGGAAUGACACUCGGUUAGUAUUAUUUGAAAUUCGCUCAAGCCUACAAUAAUGUAGCUAAAAGAGACUACUUUUAUAAAUGAAGAUACAGGUUCAACGCGUUUAAAAAAUUGAAUUAGUUCCGAAAAGCGGAACAAAUUCAAUUCCAACGAGAGUUUCUUUACACGUGGCUUUGUUUUAGGGGAAAAAAGUGCUUACGGAUCGCAAACUGAUAUUCAUAAAAAAAAUGGACCCCAGAAACUAGUCCAGAUAAUCGAAGAUUCCGUAUAACUGAAGGUCCGGAUAGUAGAGGUUUGGCUGUACCAAAAUUGAGUAUUUUAUGUCCGCCCCACAGCCGGGUAAACGAUAUGCAUUCUUCUCGGUUAGUACACAACCGCUGCGACACAAAACUUCAAUUUAAGCUAAACCCAGUUACUUAUUCGUGGACAAAAUUACCAGUCGUCUAGAGCUGUGCUGGUUUUUGAUACCAAGAUCUUGUAAAAGGCAACCUUAGUCAAAAAAAUGAAAUGACCACAACCACUCAACAGAAUGUGAACUGCUCCUUUCAGACUGCACACGAGGUACAAAAAUGGCUGUCAAAUUCAUCAUAGCGGUUGUUUUCUUUAUCUGUCUGUUUAUGACUCUGGAGAGUCGCUCCGUCGGCGAGGUAAGUAGUUGAGUACGAUGCUGUUCUUGUAUCUCCUUUAGUAAUUGAAAACGCAUCACUUUGACUGCUGUUGAAAAUAUUCGGAAUAAAUGCUAUUUUUUAUUACUAAGUAUACCUCCGUUACUGACUAAACAACUCUCACAAUCGUUGGGUUUGUUCUCAAUUGCCAUGGCACGCCUUUAUGGGUGUUUCUAUCAGAGCACUAUAGACACUGGAAUUUCAGUGCCUUUACUCAGCCAAACGAGAGUCUUUGUACCGGAAGAAAUGCUUCGGAACAGCAAAAGCGAACGCUUAGAAGCAAUAAUUCGGUUAACAGCACUCUUGAAGCAGAAAGUUGGUUAGAUAAUCUCAUUCCUCCACGAAAAGUAAAGCUAACUUUUUCAGGAGUCCGUGCCCUUUUUUCCCUCCUACUUUCCAUGCCACAAUAAAGCAGCUACUUCCGGGAUUGGUUCAUGACAUCAAUGUUAUUUUUCACUUAAACGUGUAUUUUGUUAAUUUUCAACAUGUGUCAACACAGGGAUCCGUUGCACGAAGGUCUGGUAAGUAGGCAUGCACAGUUACAAACAAGAUUCCGAGCUGUAAGAACUGUAAGGAGAGGAAAGAUAAAAUAGGUUUGAAAGUAUGAAAAAGAGGGUUUUUUUAAAGGGUGAGAUGAUCAGUCGCAUUUAGAUUUGUCAUUCGGAAAUUGCCCCCACACAGCCCAAACAUUGGCCAGUGGCCGUCGCCAUUUUGAAAAUCGCUUUUUUCAUCUAACAGCAAUCUGUUUGAACAAUCAGCAACUACAAAAAAAGAGAUCUUGAGUCAAACUGAACUUUUACCUAUGACCAGACUAAAAGCCUUUCGAGAAUCGUGCAUUCUGGUCGCGCGUGUGGGCCCAGGUUGAUAAGCUGUUUUCAAAAUGUUGGUUGUUGAGUCUAGAGUUAGCACAUUUGAAGAAGAUUUUCGAACACGUAAGCCACUCUUUGGGAUCUCAAGAUGCAGUUACGAGAGUAUGUUUCUCUUUUAAGACAUGUUCUGAAACUUGACUGAGUUUUAUCAAAGGGUAUUUCUCCAUGAUUUGGGUUUAGAGUUUGGACUACCUCGUGGGCGACUGCGAUUGAAUGAAUUCCUCGCCUACACGCCACUCGCUUGCGCACCGCCCAUCUCGGCUUUUGAUUAAAUUUGAAACUCGUCUUAAAAAAACGUUUCGUUGUUGACAGAUUAUAAGCUGUUACAUAUUUUUCCUGUAGCACUUAACUCUAUAUUUUGACUGUUCAUUACAGCCCCGUGCCAUGGAGAUGAAAUCGUUUAUCACAACAUCACUCACCCGAUAGAGAGCGCUAGUUGCACAUCCUGUAUCUGUUUCCAUGGAUCUAUAGGUGAAUGUCAUUACCACCAUUGCGACAUAGGACUGGGUAUGCCAAUAGAGGCAUGCAACAACUGGAUGACCGGAGAGGAAGGAAUAUGCUGUCCUCGAUGCCGUAAGAGACGAAAUAUUAUUUUAAGUAGAUCAGAGUAACAAAGAUUUGUAAUAAAGUUUACCUUAAAAAGUAGAGGAGUGACUAAAACGAAAACUUGACUGUAAGCAAACCACAGAAAUGAUAUGACAAAACCGGUUUGUUAUACAUGAAUGUCUGGCAGGCUAUACCGAGAGAGAGCUACUGUAGAAAUUUGUUCCUUUCAAGAAGAUUUGGAGACAACUUUGUGUUAGCAUCGGUGGUGAGCUAAUUUAUAGUUAAUAGUGGGUUUAAUUGAGUUUACUAGGGACAAUUACUGUGUUGUCUAUGGGAGUCGCUCCUUAGCAAGAAUAUUACACGUUGUUUAAGAAAAGUAGGUGGGUUUAUAGGAGUAUAGUGUUCUUCCUGUCGGUUAAAUUAUCCCCCUAACUAUAAUCAGAGCUAGAAGUCUUACGUCGUAAAAGUGGCAUGGAAUUUAAUAUAUUUUUAUAUUUUUAUUAGCUUGUGAUAAUGAUGGUGAUACCUGGGCCAAGCGCGUGAAUUCCGAAACCUGCUAUGAUUGUACCUGUAAAGAUUCGUCAGCUCAUUGCAAUUUAGUCUAUUGCCCAGAGUGUGAUGGAAUCGCUGAACCAAUUCCCGGAAGAUGUUGCCCCAAGUGCACUCCAAGUUAGUUUCGGUAUUAAGGCCUUGACACACUCCAUACUUCAUAUUUUUUAUUCGUUUCUCUCUCUCCUCGCGUCCUAUUUUUGACAUGCCUCGAUCAUUCCUCUAUUUAAACGCCUUUGCUUUUAUGUUCUACUUGCUUUCCUUUGUUCCUUUUGUUUGUCUCACAUUCUGUUAUUUUUGGUUGAUUGAGUUGUAAAAAAGAAAGUAUUUUCUCCCUGUUACUACCCCAUACAGCGGUUCAACCGUCGACAGAGCCUUUGUUCUUCACGAUCCCGCUGACCACAGCAAGGCCUGAGCCAGAAUUUCCAUUCCCAUUCCCAUUUCGUAAGAAGCGCGUCAUGAUGUCAUAUGAUAAUAAUGACGCACGUGCUGAGAAGUUGGUUUAAGAUUCACCACGUGAGAAGAAAGGUGAGAACGACCAUCAUUUUAUUGACACAUGCCAUUCAUUUUAAAAUACAGAGACUCAGCAGGGACAACGCAAAGCUUUGAAAACGGUGCAUACACUAGGCUGAAAACGCGUGAUGGACACGACGUGAACAUUCACGAAACGUCACCUUGUGCAUAGGAGUUUGAAAAAAAUUCAUUCCAUUCCAGCGCUCCGUUGCUCAUUUUGUAUUACGUUUUGUUAGCUCCAUCUGCUAAUUAAUAUUAAAGAAAAAUUGGCACAAAUCCAUGAUGACUAAAAGAACGAUUCUUCUCGGCCGGAAUCGCUUUAUCACUUCCUCUUUUGCUUUUUGUAUUUGCAGAACUUUCAAGAUCUAUCAAGACGAAAAAACUUGGAAAAAGUCAUAAGCAAUAUUGAAAAGAAAAUGAAUCGAAUCUGGACUUUUGAUCGUGUAGUUGUAUAAUGGUGAUUCUUUAUUAAGUCAGCAUGAUGCAAUAAACGAAACUGAU